GGGGGGGGCGCAAAACUGGGGUUGCGGCUGCUUAAAGAAGAAAAACAAAUAAGGAAGCCUCUUGAAUUCUGAAACUAGAAUUACCAGUGCUCAAGAUUCAAAAAAAGCGUCUAGAAGCUGAUAAAUACUUUGACCAAUUCAGCUUGAAUUUGACGGCGAAGUGUUGUAGAAACUGUCUCCUUGAAUGAUUGGAAGGGGACUAAGGGAGGAUGAGGGGGUUCCCUCUGUGGAUUUAUCUUACUGAGGGAUGCAGAACUGCUGCUAACUGGAUUUGAUUUAUAAGAGAGAAAUCUACAGUCAAUGGCCACUCUUGUCAUGUUGCUACUAUGGAAAACAGAAUGGUCAAUAGGAUAUGGUUUGAUAAAUAGUGAUGAUUGAAGAUGCUACUUCAAUCCAUGUGAAAUCGUUGGGAGAUACUGGCUGCAUAAAGAGCUUUCUGAGCUUUUCUUGACAAGCUCGCCUUGAAGAAGUUGGAGGUGGAGGUGUAUUCUACCAUUAUAUGGUCUUUCUCAAGUGGAUACAAAUACCUUUGCUUCACUGUAACCAGACAACUACACAACUAAUGUGGGACCAUGGCACUGCCCAGAUGCAUGUGGCCAAAUUAUGUUUGGAGAGCAAUAAUGGCAUGCUUGGUACACAGGGGAUUGGGUGCCUCAUUGACUCUCUGCGUGUUGGGAUGUUUACUUCAGGCUGCCCAUGUGCUUUCACAAAAAUUGGAUGAUGCAGACCCACUGGUGACUACCAACUUCGGCAAGAUAAGGGGGAUUAAGAAAGAACUCAAUAAUGAAAUUUUGGGGCCUGUUAUUCAAUUUCUUGGCGUUCCGUAUGCAGCCCCACCCACAGGGGAACAUCGUUUUCAGCCUCCAGAACCACCAUCUCCCUGGUCAGAUAUCAGGAAUGCGACUCAGUUUGCUCCUGUGUGUCCCCAGAAUAUCAUUGAUGGCAGAUUGCCGGAAGUCAUGCUUCCUGUAUGGUUUACUAAUAACUUGGAUGUGGUUUCAUCAUACGUACAAGACCAGAGUGAAGAUUGCCUAUAUUUAAACAUAUAUGUUCCAACUGAGGAUGGUCCCCUUACAAAGAAACAGACAGAUGAUUUAGGUGAUAAUGACGGUGCUGAAGAUGAAGAUAUUCGGGACAGUGGGGGUCCCAAACCAGUGAUGGUGUAUAUACAUGGUGGCUCAUAUAUGGAAGGUACUGGAAAUUUAUAUGAUGGGAGUGUCUUGGCAAGUUAUGGCAACGUGAUCGUCAUCACAGUCAACUAUCGACUUGGGGUACUUGGUUUCUUGAGCACAGGGGAUCAGGCUGCAAAAGGAAACUAUGGACUCCUUGAUCUCAUACAGGCUUUAAGAUGGACUAGUGAGAACAUUGGAUUCUUUGGUGGUGACCCCUUAAGAAUCACUGUUUUUGGAUCUGGCGCUGGGGGUUCAUGUGUCAAUCUUCUGACUUUAUCCCAUUAUUCUGAAGGUAACCGUUGGAGCAAUUCAACCAAAGGACUUUUCCAACGAGCCAUAGCUCAAAGUGGAACAGCCCUUUCCAGCUGGGCUGUUAGUUUCCAACCUGCAAAAUAUGCUAGAAUGUUGGCCACAAAAGUUGGUUGCAAUGUUUCAGAUACAGUAGAGUUAGUGGAAUGCCUACAGAAGAAGCCUUACAAAGAACUUGUUGACCAAGAUAUUCAACCAGCACGAUACCACAUAGCCUUUGGACCUGUGAUUGAUGGUGAUGUAAUACCAGAUGACCCUCAGAUAUUGAUGGAGCAAGGAGAGUUUCUCAACUAUGAUAUAAUGUUAGGAGUUAACCAAGGGGAAGGGUUAAAAUUUGUUGAAAAUAUAGUAGAUAGUGAUGAUGGUAUAUCAGCUAGUGAUUUUGACUUCGCUGUUUCCAAUUUUGUUGAUAACUUAUACGGAUAUCCUGAAGGCAAAGAUGUUUUGAGAGAAACCAUUAAAUUCAUGUAUACUGACUGGGCUGACCGUCAUAACCCUGAAACCAGAAGGAAGACAUUACUGGCUUUGUUUACAGACCAUCAGUGGGUAGCACCAGCUGUAGCUACAGCAGAUCUUCACUCAAACUUUGGUUCACCUACAUACUUCUAUGCCUUUUACCAUCAUUGCCAAACAGAUCAGGUUCCAGCUUGGGCUGAUGCAGCUCAUGGAGAUGAAGUUCCCUACGUACUAGGAAUCCCCAUGAUUGGACCUACAGAAUUAUUUCCUUGCAAUUUUUCCAAAAAUGAUGUGAUGCUGAGUGCAGUUGUAAUGACAUACUGGACAAAUUUUGCCAAAACUGGUGACCCGAAUCAACCAGUCCCUCAAGACACGAAAUUCAUCCAUACUAAACCCAACCGCUUCGAAGAAGUAGCAUGGACCAGAUAUUCCCAGAAAGAUCAACUCUAUCUCCAUAUUGGAUUGAAACCAAGAGUUAAAGAACAUUAUAGAGCCAAUAAGGUGAACCUCUGGUUGGAGCUGGUACCUCAUCUGCAUAAUCUCAAUGACAUUUCUCAGUAUACCUCGACAACAACUAAAGUGCCAUCAACCGACAUCACUUUCAGACCUACAAGAAAGAAUUCUGUACCUGUCACAUCAGCAUUUCCCACUGCCAAGCAGGAUGAUCCCAAACAACAACCAAGUCCAUUUUCAGUGGAUCAAAGGGACUACUCCACAGAGCUGAGCGUCACUAUUGCAGUUGGAGCAUCACUGCUGUUUCUGAAUAUCCUUGCCUUUGCAGCCCUGUACUACAAAAAGGAUAAGAGGAGACAUGAUGUUCAUAGGAGAUGCAGCCCUCAGCGCACUACUACCAACGAUCUGACCCACGCACAAGAAGAGGAGAUCAUGUCCCUCCAAAUGAAGCACACUGAUUUGGAUCAUGAAUGUGAGUCCAUCCAUCCACAUGAGGUGGUUCUUCGGACCGCCUGUCCCCCAGAUUACACACUAGCUAUGAGGAGGUCACCUGAUGAUGUUCCCUUAAUGACACCCAACACCAUUACAAUGAUUCCCAACACUAUACCAGGGAUUCAACCCUUACACACAUUCAAUACAUUUACUGGAGGACAGAACAAUACUCUGCCCCAUCCCCACCCCCACCCCCAUUCACAUUCAACAACCAGGGUAUAG